UGACCAACGUAAAGAACAAUCAGCACCGUACACGUGGAUACAUCAACGUCCAGAGACAUUCUUUGUGGUUAUAAAAAGAAGCAAGCCAUUCAUUCUCUGUGCUUCUUCUCAUCAGUUGAGUCUUGUGUUGAUAAAAUCAAAUGGGUCAGGUGUCAGUCAUCGUAGCUCUGAUCGUGGUGGCCUGUGCCGUCGGCGUAUCUGCGAGUGGGAUCGGAUCCAUCUUUGCCGAUGAAAAUCCGAUCAGACAAGUGGUGUCUGAUGGUCUACGGGAACUUGAGACCGCUGUUCUUCAAGUGAUUGGUCAAACUCCUCAUGCUCUCACCUUUGCUCGAUUCGCUCACAGGUACGGGAGGAAGUACCAAACUAGUGAGGAAAUCAAACACAGGUACUCGAUUUUCGCUGAAAGCCUGGAGACGAUUAGAUCGCACAACAAGAAGGGGCUAUCCUAUACUCUUGGAGUCAACGAAUAUGCUGAUAUGACAUGGGAAGAAUUCAGCAAAAACAAACUGGGAGCUGCUCAACACUGCUCUGCUACUAAAAAGGGCAAUCACAAACUCACUAAUGCUGUCGUCCCACUCACGCAAGAUUGGAGGAAAACAGGAAUUGUGAGCCCAGUCAAGAAUCAAGGAUCUUGUGGAUCCUGCUGGACAUUCAGCACCACUGGAGCUCUUGAAGCUGCUUAUGCCCAGGCUUUUGGGAAGUCAGUCUCUCUAUCUGAGCAACAGCUAGUAGACUGUGCUGGGGAUUUUAAUAACUUCGGUUGCAAUGGUGGCUUGCCAUCCCAGGCUUAUGAGUACAUCAAAUACAAUGGUGGACUUGACUCUGAGGAAGCAUAUCCUUACACCGGGAAAGAUGGUGUUUGCAAAUACUCAGCAGAGAAUGCUGCCGUCCAAGUGAUUGAUUCCGUCAACAUCACCUCGGGUGCUGAGGAUGAAUUGAAGCAUGCAGUAGGUGUUGUUCGUCCAGUGAGUGUGGCAUUCGAGGUGAUUGCAAACUUCAGACUUUACACUGGAGGAGUUUUCACUAGCGAUGACUGUGGCAGCGGUCCAAUGGAUGUGAACCAUGCGGUGGUUGCGGUUGGGUAUGGUGUGGAAGAUGGGGUCCCAUACUGGCUGAUAAAGAACUCAUGGGGAGCAGACUGGGGGUUGAAUGGUUACUUCAAGAUGGAGAUGGGCAAAAACAUGUGUGGUGUUGCAACGUGUGCAUCCUACCCCAUUGUUGCCUAAUUCAAGAUCUUUCAAAAGCUAAAAGGCUUGUUGUUGUAUUAAUGGUCUGGUGGUGAAGUUUUAUAAAUGGCAAAAACAUCUGUUAGUUUGUAUAUUAGCUUUAUUAAUAUUGUAAUAUUAUAUAUAUAUAUAUAUAUGUAUGUCCUGUCACAUGCUACUUGCUUUUCAUGUUAAUUAUCUGCAUUGUCUUAAUUAUAUUUACAAGUUUCUGAUACGUGUUAUGCACUCCAAAUAUGAAAUAUCUCCAAAUAAAUAAACGUGGGUUACUA